AUGGCCGAAAUACAUUAUCCAGUACUAGCAAUUAUCUUGUCAAUACUUGGCAAUUGCCUAAGUUCAUUCGUUGCCCUUUCACCAUUACCUAGAUUCUUUAAAUUGGACAAAGAGCGUGAUCCAGGUCCUUACAGUAUAUAUCCUAUGGUUGCACUAUGCGGCAACUCUUACAUGUGGGUCAUCUAUGGAAUGAUUACAAAGACAUUUGCCGUUCUCCCUGUCAAUAUGAUUGGCCUAUUCUCAACAAUCUACUUCAUUGUUGUCCAUAUCAGUACUCUAAAGGAACUUAAAGAGAGAAGGAUUAUAACUGGAAUAUCAAUGGGCAUGGCUAUUAUCCUCUCAUUGUUCACAGAGGUUGUGAUCCUAUCGACAAGUGAUGUAAACUUACAAACAAAUAUUAUGGGAUAUGCAUGUAAUGCUAUUCUGUUCUGUUUCUUUGGUGCACCUUUGAUGGCAUUGUACGGUGUUAUCAAGAGUAAAGACACAUCAUCAAUGAACCUGCUACUAUUAAUAUGUUCAGGUGUGGCUGCCAUUGUCUGGACUGGCUAUGGAUUACUUGUCCAUGACCUAUUCAUCACAGUUCCAAAUGCUGUUGGCGCAACAUUGACAAUGUCCCAACUGGCAAUAUAUAAGGCGAUUAAUAUAUUCUAUCCACAUGGUAAUCUACGGUCUGGUGAAAUGAACAUCAUGGACAUCGAUAAGGAGACUCCACUUAAUGGUGCUGACGACGAUUCAACUGCAGAUGAACCAUCUGCAGUAGUAUAU